AUGGCCAUUGGUCCGGGUCCGACCCCGACCCAGGACCCGUACCAGCUGGUCCAGGGCGACCCAAUGGGUCGCCCUGGUCUUAAACAUCGACAGCCAAGGUGA